GACGGUGCUCUGAUUGCGCAACCAGACAACGACGACAAUGAGGGUGCUACUGUCUUUUCUCAUUAUAGGGCUGCUAGGCAUUGCCAGUGCCCUCAGCACCAGUGGAAACAGAUUACUGGUGGUACUGGAGGAGCUUGCGGAGAAGGACAAGUACUCCAAGUUCUUUGGGGAUCUGAAAGGUCGGGGCUUUGAUAUCACAUUUGAAUCUCCAAAGAGUGAUAGUUUGGCGCUGUUCGAGCUUGGCGAGAGAGCUUAUGAUCACCUUCUCAUCCUCCCAUCUAAGUCGAAAGGCCUGGGACCAAACCUCACGCCCCAAACCUUAUUGAAGUUCAUCAAUACCGAGGGCAACAUCCUGCUCACCCUAUCUUCAUCCAACCCGAUACCAUCAGCUCUCGUAUCAGUUCUGCUUGAGCUUGACAUCCAUCUCCCCACCGACCGCAACUCGAUAGUGGUCGACCACUUCAACUACGACAGCCUCUCGGCCCCCGAAUCCCACGAUGUCGUUCUUGUUCCCCGCCCAAGCGCUGUGCGCCCCGGUGUUCGCAACUUCUUCGGCGGCAUCCUCAAGAACGAGGUUAUCGCGUUCCCCCACGGCGUGGGCCAGACUCUAGGCAACGAUAGCCCGUACUUGACACCGGUCCUUCGCGCCCCCGGCACGGCGUACUCAUACAACCCCAAGGAGGAGGCCGAGGCUGUGGAGGACCCGUUCGCGGUUGGCCAGCAACUGUCCCUCGUGACCGCCAUGCAGGCUCGCAACUCAGCGAGGUUCACUGUCUUGGGCGCAGCGGAAAUGCUUGAGGAUAAGUGGUUCAAGGGGAAGGUCCAAGUUGCUGGCGGCAAGGUUGCUGCGGCUGCGAAUGAGGCGUUUGCGAAGGAGAUCUCCGGAUGGACUUUCAAUGAGGCUGGAGUCCUGAAGGUGAAGUCUGUUACGCAUUUCCUCAACGAAGAGGGGUUGAAAACACCCAAUGCUUCAUUGACGAACCCCAAGAUCUACCGUGUCAAGAACACUGUUACUUACUCGAUUGAGCUAUCUGAAUGGUCGUGGAAGGAGUAUGUACCCUUCGUACCCGCCACCGGUGAUGAUGUGCAGCUUGAGUUCUCUAUGCUCUCGCCCUUCCACCGACUGAAUCUGGAGCGCACUCAGACGAAUCCUUCAUCUAGCGUCUUCAGCACCACAUUCAAGCUUCCAGAUCAGCAUGGAAUCUUCAACUUCCUGGUCGAGUUCCGCCGCCCCUUCCUCUCGAACAUCGAGGACAAGAAAACGGUCACCGUACGCCACUUUGCACACGAUGAAUGGCCACGCAGUUGGGUCAUCAGCGCCGCGUGGCCAUGGAUCUCUGGCGUUGCGGUCACUGUUGUUGGAUGGAUUAUAUUCGUGGGAUUGUGGUUGUACAGUGCCCCACCGACAGUGAAGGGAAAGAAGUCGCGAUGAGAAGAGCUAGAUGUUGCAUUUGAGACGUAAACGGGACUGUAUGAAUACCAAAAUCGUGUAUAGAUGAUAUAGUAGGCAGGAACACAUGGCAU